UCGUGUAGAGGCCCUGGCUUCUUUGACGCUUGUUCAAUCUGUUUUCUUCUGCUGGCAGCUGCUUAUCCUAACAGAACAACCCUACAAGAUGUUUGCUAAUCCCUACCACGAUUCCCACAUUGCUUGGAACGUUUAACAGCUAUUGCAGGAUUGCAGGAAAGACUUAGUCCCAUAAUUCAGCAAUUAUGUUUCUAAAACACGCAAAACUGAGCUACUUCCUGACAACAGGUCAUCAACGUUCCGGGCAGGGCACUUUGGAACAGUGCUCGUUUCCGUAUCGCCUGCUUGAAGAUCAACGCAGGCAACGGCCGCUGAAGGAGAGCGAGUCCUAGCCCACUGGGAGCAAAGGAGAGAAGAGAGAGAAAGCAGAGAGGGGUCAGCACUCCCAGCCGGGCCGGGCAGCCGCUGCCGGUGCCCGCGUCACAAUGGGCAGCGGCCAGCACCGGCCACGCUGUCAUCGCGUCGCCGUGGCGACGUUUGUGACACGGGCACCCGGAGGGGUAUAAAAGGCGGAGCGCGGCGCUGGGUCCCGCAUCCUGAAGGAGCAUCUGGCAGAGAGCAGACGCAUCUGAAGGAUGAGCUCCGGCAUGGCUGGCGCCAACGAGGAGCGACCCGCCGGCACCAGGCGGAACGGCAGGAGCGAGGUCGGCCCCGCAGCGGGGCGCGCCUCCAGUCCGACAUGCAGCGACACCAAAGAGCGAGUCGCCGUCUGGGAAGCGGUGGCCGCCUACGUACGGGAGCAGCUCCUGGUGCAGAAGGGGGUCUGGAUUCCCACCUUCGGCACCUUUGACACCGUCCCCAAAGACGUCCGGACUGAGGAAGGGACCGUGACUCUGCAGUGGCCCGUGUUUAACCUGGCUUCAAACCUCACAGCCACGCACCACCUCAAGCCCCACAAGGAGUCCCUGCCAGUCCUUAGGAAGGUGGAGCCCAUGAAAUACAGCAAGGCGGCCGCAGCUGCCUCUCUGAACUGGGAGACACUCAGGACAGGCAUCCAAAGCACCAUGUCCCUGGUCGCCGGCUGCCUGCAGAAUGGGGAGAACGUUGCCAUUGUCCUAAAGGACGUCGGCGUGCUCCACAUUGACGGACUCACCUUUGAAAUGAAGUACUUCUUUGACUUCCUGGAGAAGCUGUCAGGGAAAAAGAAAUUCAGAAGAGCUGCUCACAGGGCCCCCUGGCUGCUGGACGUGGUGGUGUCCCGGGCGGCACCGGUGGCCUCCCUGGCGCUCUCCGGCUGCGUUGUGGUCUUUCCCAUGUUUCAAAUGGAGUUUGUACCCAAACCACCACCCGCAAUACACCGCAAGUCCUCAGGAAGCCUCUCUAGUUGGGGGACACCAAAGAAAGAAGGCACUUUGCCACCUCUGGACCAGGGCAAGAAAGUGAGAUUUACUGGCCGUCCAUCCUUCAUCAAACGGUUGAGCUCAGACAGCAUUGAUGGAGGAGAAUUCAGACGGAUCAGGAGCUUACUGCGGAAGGAGAGCUCCAGGUUCAGUCUGCUGCCAGCGAUCCGGACGGUGCCUGAAGCCCAAGAGCAGCCGGUGACCUGCCAGCUGCAGGGGGAGGCAGGCACAUCAAGCCAACAAGACCUGCCCCGAGCACCGGGAACCAAACGUGUCAGCUUCCUUGUUGAGCAACAGGGGGCUGAAAAAGACCAGCAUGAGGGUGCGGCGCAAACACUGCAGGCAGCCAAGGCCACACCCCAUCACAUGUCCUUGAGGCCAAGACCGACUUCCAGAAGAGGUUCCGAAUCUUCCUCAAGGGCUCACUCUGCGCAGCCUCAAGGCAGACCAUCCAGGCUCCUUCGGGCACGCGACUCCGUGAGACUCCUCAGGAAGAGGGCAAGGAAGAUCAUGCGAGUGCAGAAAGAGCUCAAGCAGAUGACACCAUCACCACUGCGUGGUGAGUCCAGCCUGCCUGAGGAGUCUGGCAUCAAGCGACCUGGAUUGCUGCCACCCAUCAAAGAAGAAACGGGCUCUCGCGAGUGUCAGCCUCCGAGCAGCCCAACCCCACGCCGCAGGAAGGACACACCCUACCCACACUGGUUCAGGCCUGGGGUGCACACGACAGACAGACUGGAGGCUGCAAGACAGAGGCAUGAAUCCCAUCGGCAUCACCGCUCAUAGUAAACCAGGCUGCCCAGGGCCCCAUCCAACCUGGCCUUGAACACCUCCAGGGACGGGGCAUCCACCACCGCUCUGGGCAUCCGGUUCCACCAUCUCACCACUCUCUCUGUAAACAACAGUCCAACCUGACAUCCCAUCUUCAACUCAACACCACUUCCCCUUGGCCUGACCUUAGCUACACCAUCAAAGAGUUGACUCCCCUCCUGUUUGGAGGCUCCCUUCAUGGACUGGAAGGCUGCAAUGAGGUCACCGCGCAGCCUUCCCUUCUCCAGGCCAAACAAGGAGAUCUAGAGUGAAGUGUAGAGGGGCAAAACCAUCAAUAAAGCCUCCUCCUUUAAACAUCUCCAGAAUGCCUGUGACAGUGUCAUUGCGUCUUUUUAUGCCGGCUCUUUUUAUGCCGGUGGAGGGAGAAAGAAUUGUGAGAGGGCAUCAGAGCGUCGCGCGAUGCUUUACUUGGUGCCAAAGGAAAUCCAGCGUCUCUUUGGACUUAUCUGGAUCACAAGCUUAUCCGCUCUUGACCUGCCACAGUCCCCCUGUUCAUGCCAGCCAGCUUUUGGCCUG